UGAAACGAGUGAAUACGGUAUACGACGGUGACAACGAAACAUCCAAAUCCACCAGAUGGAACUUUCUCGGAGCCAAGCAGCGACAUGUGAGAGUCGGUACCCCGCGAAUCCAGUUUCCAUGAGUGCCACGUGAUGUCGCGCUAAGCCUUGCGGACAAUCGCCGCCUCCUCCGCUGUUGGAGCCGCAUCCCACAGCUCACCAAAGCACAACAUCGCGUCAUCCUCCACCAGCUCAUCUGAACAAAUCCACAACACGUCUUCCGAUCGCAUCUUAUAGACCGCCACAAUGUCUGGCUCAGCACAAGGCAGCAACGACAUGAAGAAGGCCGUAGUCAACGACUCCAAGAACGGCGAGCAACCGCUGGCGCCCGAGAAGAAGCCCGCAACACAACUGGAGGAAGACGACGAGUUUGAGGACUUUCCUGUAGAGGACUGGACUGAGGAGGAGACACAGAUCCCCAACGGCAACACACAUCUUUGGGAAGAGAGCUGGGAUGACGAUGACACAAACGACGACUUUGCGGUUCAGCUGAGGGAAGAGCUUAAGAAGCUGGGCAAAUGAGCGAUUCGACACGAGUAGACACGACGACCUUAUCAACAAAUGAGCUUCUGGUUCGCUCAUGAUACUUGCAUGACUGGGCAGGCGGCUCCAUGAGAGCUCUCUAAACAUCACGCCCGUGGGGCACAAGGUGGAGAUGCGG